AUGCCCUUCGUAAACCCCUCUAUCAUCUGGCGGACCGGCGCUCUGUUCACUGCAUCUGGUAUCAUUACUGGGGCUUUCGGCUCUCAUGCCCUGAAAUCCCGUUACCCCGACCUCUCCCCGUUUUCCGUUCAAUCCUGGUCCACCGCCUCACAAUACCUGAUCUUCAACGGUGUCUCCCUCUUGGCCAUUUCCCUGCAUCCUAGGUUCGGUACUGCGAGGGGAAGAUUGGCUUUCCCCAGCAUGGCCAUCGCCGCGGGGACGUUGAUGUUCUCGGGAAGCAUCUUCCCAUUGGUCUUGGCUAGGGAAAAGAUGGGCAAGUUCAUGGGACCCGUCACCCCGCUAGGAGGGUCUGUGAUGAUUCUAGGGUACUUGUCGAUGGUUGUACUAUAG